AUAAUGCACUUUUACGCACCCAUUGCCAAAAUCCCAUUGUUGCUACAGCUCCAAAGUUGGUUGAACGGUGGGAUCUAUCGCUCUGUGGGAAGUGUUAGCUCUGGAAAAGGUGGAAAUAAUGCACUUUCUCACAGUGUAGUGUUUCGUUUCCGGCCUGCUUUACGCGUUGCUCGGUGUUGCCGUAUGCUUUCGUGAACGAUGCACUGAGCCUGAGCGCCUUCUCCUCAUCCCACCGACGAACGGACACAGCGAGCAACCAACCGACAACUUCACAUUCGCAGAUCGACAAUUUGUCACUGCGGCCCUUCAACAUCGUCCGCAUCCCGUUUUGCUGUGCUGUCCAGUCCGGGAGGCGUUUGUUUCUCCUAGACUGCUUUAAUUUGUCCCGUCAAAGUGUAUACUUUUAAUGUUUAUUAGUGCAUGUGCAUUGUUGUUAAAAUCUGUAGCGUGAGCAUUGUGUAUGUGUGGUGCCGGAAAAAGAAAGAAAAAUGUUCGCUUGAGUUGAGUACGUGUGUUUGUGUGAGUGUGUGUGCGUGUGCACGUCGGUACCGUGUUCUGUUUCCCGUUUGGCUCACCUGUAUCUGCUAAAAUAAGUGCGUUCAAAUAUAUUCUCCGACGCCAAUUGUAUGGAAAACGGUGUUUGAUGUUCGAUCAAGUGUUUCGCGUGUGUACCGUUACCGUUUUACCGUGUCUACACUUUCCCGAGCGAACGGCUCCCAUCGUACGUGUUGGGCGUUGGAUGUUGACGUCGUCGGUGUUGCAUUAUUAAUUAAUCCCGAGCAACUCUCGUGUGUCCGCCUGCUAUUCAAGGCACAGCGCAGAUAUCUGCUAACACGACAAGCACCGUCUAGUGGUAAAUUCUUUCCUAGUAAAGUCACACGAGCGUUCUACGGGAAGUGCCAAGUGGAAAAACUUCUUGCAUAAGACGCUUCAGAGGAUCAACAGUUACUCUGCUGAACAGGCAGACGCAGUAGCGAAGGGGCAUGGAAGUUAGCACCCAUACAACUUCGACACUCAGUCGAAGCAACAGCCGGACGAGCUCUAAUUCGGAGCUGGAAAAGGAACUAAUCGAUCUCGAUAUCAGCGGCGGAGGAAACAACAAAUCAAACACACUAAAGAAGCGCAUCUCGAGCAGUCGGACGCCGGCGAAGAAAGCAAAAAGGAUACGAUUUUUUCGUAAUGGUGACAAAUUCUAUCCCGGUAGUACGAUACCGGUGUCGGUGGAACGUUAUAGAUCUUUUGAUAGUUUAACGGAAGAUUUGACGAGAUUGCUGGAAGACAGCGUAACGCUAACUGGUGCGAUACGUGCAAUUUACACACUCGAGGGCAAAAAGAUCGAAAAGGUGGACGAUCUAGAAGAUGGCAAAUGUUACGUAUGUUCCUGCAACAAUGAAGGUUUCAAGCGAAUAGAUUAUAACGUAUCCAACACAAACACCAAGAAUCCCAACAGACUGUCUAGAAUAAUACGCCCACUGUCGCCAGUAAAGAACGGGGGCACAAAUGGUUCAACGCCGUUGAAAGAGAUCGAUUCCGUGGUGCAUCCCAGGAUCGUAACACUCAUAAGGAAUGGUGUGAAACCUCGAAAGAUCAUGCGAUUACUGCUAAACAAACGGAACAGUCCUACCUACGAACACGUGCUGACAGCGAUCACGCAAUGCGUCAAGCUAGAUACCGGCUGUGUGCGAAAAGUAUUUACCGUGUCCGGUAUACCGGUGCAACGAUUAGCACAGUUCUUCGAUGAAGAUGAUGUAUUCUUUGCGUACGGUAACGAACGAGUCGGGCUCAAUGAUUUUGAGCUGGAAGCGGAGGAAAGUAAAGCCAUCGCCGCGCAUCGGAAAACGCUUCGCAGCAGUACGACUAGGACGGGACCAAAGCCCAAGAUGCCUGUCAAGAGUCACAAUGACACGUUCGUUUGUGUGGAUGAAUCCGCGCUCAACGGUGGUAUCCUUCCGGACUCUCUGCCACUGGAAUUGCAGGCCAAAUAUACUCUUGGAUCAAUCAUUGGUGAUGGAAAUUUCGCCGUAGUACUGAAAUUGAAAGAUAAGCAAAAAAAUACAGAACACGCACUGAAAAUUAUUGACAAAUCAAAAUGCUCAGGAAAGGAUCACUAUCUAGCAGCAGAAAUUCGUGUCAUGAAAAAAUUAAAUCAUCCUUAUAUUAUACAGCUAGUGCAUGAUAUUGAAACGAUUAAAAACAUGUAUCUGGUGCUAGAGCUGGUUCGUGGUGGCGAUUUGUUUGAUGCCAUAACGCGUGUGACACGUUUUUCUGAGAAUCAAUCGAAGAUUAUGAUGAAACAUUUAGCUUCAGCGAUGGCAUACAUGCAUUCCCUUAGCAUCGUUCAUCGGGACAUUAAGCCGGAGAAUUUACUGGUGGAGUUGGAUAACGACGGUAAUGUGGUUCUAUUAAAGCUCGGAGACUUUGGUCUCGCAUGUGAAGUAACUGAACCAUUGCUUUCGAUCUGCGGUACGCCGACGUACGUUGCGCCAGAAAUUCUGAUGGAAUCGGGCUACGGUGUUAAGAUUGAUGUUUGGGCAGCCGGCAUUAUACUGUACAUUUUACUGUGCGGCUUUCCUCCAUUUGUUUCGCCCGACAAUCAGCAGGAGCAACUGUUCGAUGCUAUUCUGAAUGGGUUCUUCGAUUUUCCAGCUCCGUACUGGAACAACAUCGGCGAUAGUGUGCGCGAUCUGAUCAUCAACAUGUUACAAUCAGAUCCGGAACUAAGAUUUUCCAGCGAAGACAUUCUUGAUCAUCCAUGGUUAACGAGCGACAUUGUGGAUGAUACGCGCGAUCCUAAUGGAAUCGUUCUUGAAGCAAAAUGUGACGAUCCGCUAGAGUCUUUGGUGGGAAUUCCCAUCAGUACGCAAUAGAUGUACCUUUUCACAAUCAUCUUUCACUUGAACGUUCAAUAAGUGGGAGUGAAGUUUCGGUUUUUUUUACAGCAAAAGACUACAUUGACGAGUUUUAUCGGCAGUGGUUAGCACACAUCACGAAAACUCAAUCUCGUUUGGAACUCGGACCUCAAACAAAUCUCACAACAAAACACAGCAAGUGGUAAAAUUUUAAGUGAAAUCGGAAUACUGGAACAGGUUUGUGUUACAUUACAGUAACCAUUUAUUUUAUCAUAUCUAUUUAUCGUGCUUUGACAAAAACCGCUUCGGGAACUUUUCGUUUGUAGUUUACACUUAAGGUGUAAGUUUGUAGAACGUGUGUUGCAAAUACACAAAGCUACAGAUACGCUCACAGGUAUGUUUUGUUUUGUUUUGCACAAUUGCACCAUCACAGAUAACGACAAAUUAUAAACAACUUUAGUUCAUCCCAUCCGACGCGUCCAUACGGAUUUUUCCCAAUGGAUAAGAACAAAGUUAUGAUACUGACUAUCGCUGUUUUCAUAAGUUUAGUUUGUAUACGAAAUACAUAGGCAGUAGCAAUAGGGACAUAUUUUUACCAUCGACAUACAGCGAUUUAAUAUCUAUUUAUUUACCAUCAAUAGAAUGUUUGUAAUGAAAACGCAAAAAAAGAAAACCCGCAUGAACAGGAUUGCUGAGCAAAAAUGUUACUCUUAUUCAGUCAUUAUCGAGAAAUUGUGAAAAUGUUUUUGUUAUUUGCUGGAUGUUUGAUAUUUUAGUUGAGUAGCAAUAUUGUAGCAAUAUCGUUUAUUAUAAGCACGUUUAUGGUUUGUUUUUGUUUUGUAAGUACUAGAUAAAUAUUGAGAUGUGUCGUUAGCACUUGUACUUGUACCGUAAAAAACUGCAAUGUAUGUACCAAACUUUCGACACAUGACGCACAAUCCAAAUUUGCUCUAGAAUAAUGUCCCAAUGCGAUGAUACGGACAACACUAUUCAUAAAGGGUAGUUUGAAACCCUGCUUUCAAUAUUGCCACCCAAACCCACUGUUGAUGGAUGGUUCAGUUUCAUCAAUGAACAUGAAAUACACUGUACGCUAAAGUUAAUGCGAUCUCAAACUGUUCUUUUGUUUUGUACCACUGUUUACUACACGUUCACUGCUGCAUUUAGUUAAUAUGAAUAAUUUUCCCAACGUUUCACUAAUCAUUCCAUUUUUCUCACAUUUGCAGCAUUUCCGUAAUGAGUUCUAAACGAUAGUCUGUAAAAUAUAAACCUCAUAACACACACCCUUUUUAAUGUAAGAAAGUUCUAGCUAAACAAAGCUAAACAGAAGCAGCUUAGAAGAGUUAGAAUUAUAAUACUGACAAGAAAACAAAAAAUAUUGUUUGAUAAUCAUAUCACCUUCACAAGCAAACAAAUCACUGUCUCACCAAAUAGCGUUUUUGGGCAUAAAUCAACAACAAUCUACCAAAAACACCCAUGCAGAAAGGAUUAUUCUAUUAAUGAACAUUUGGCGUAAAAUAUCGAAUGGCCUAGAAAACAAAAGCACCAUACUACUGACUGAGCAGAAAUGUAAAGGAGAAAUGAUCACACAUGAACUGGAUUAUGCUUCGCUUUGUUCGGGUGUUCUCUGGGCUGAUUGUUGUUAUUACAUUUCCAUCGUGGCAAUUAAAUUCAUGCAAAGGGGAACAAACAGACACUGACAUGUUUUUUUUUUCUAUGGAACAGUUUAACGCAACGUGCCUCGAAAAAAAAUGAUAUCAUCCAUUACAGGCAACCAGAAAAUGCGCGGGAACGAUGGCCAUGGUGUCAAGUGUCACCAUAAAUGCAAAUAGAUUACGGUUUUAUAUAUAGAUACGAUAUACAGUUUAUAGACAGCUUAUUGGCUUUUUAGAAUCGUUUACGAACGAAAUCAGAAAACAAUGGUUACAAUAGAAGGCAGGAGAUGGGAAGAUAACACAGUAGGUUUCUCUCAGCCACAUAAUAUCGACGAAUUUCAAUCUGUAAAUCAAGGAACUCACUAUUUCGAUCCAAUUCUCAAACUACUCUACUCUUAAUUCUCUCGAAACACGAUAAACACAACGAGAACAGCACGUGUUGGUACGUCAAUUAGUCUGCAAACUAGCAUCCGUAGCAUAUUAUGCAUCUGAAACGUUGUAAUACACAGAAACCGUCUUCAUCAUUCUGUCCAGCGAGAAGGCUUUUGUUGAGCACUCGGGACUUGCUCUGUUUUCCAUUUUCUGGAGGAUCGUUUCCUGCUUGCGUUGGCUUUAAAGAAAGUUUCAAAAGAAAUCCUCUGCAUGUAUGUGGCAUGUAUAUAUACAUAAGCUUAUCAGCAACAACCCAGAAGGACAAUAAGAUACAGCAGAGUGUGUGCAAUUCUUAUGGACGGUAAAGAAGAAAAUAAAACGAUUAGUAUUGAACGACAAGCUUCCACGUUGAAACCUACAUACAUAGCCCACUAGCCUCGCAAAACCAGAUUGCAACUGUGCUACAGAAUAUGAACUAAAGCUACACGGAACAUCCAUCCAAUAAAAAAAAGCAGUUACAUAGGCAAUCGAAAUACACGACACAUGCAUUAAUGGUUACUUACACAGCGGAAAAAUAUAAUCAGCAUAUUCCGUUAGCAAAAGUAAUGCUGUUAGAGAUGCGUUUAAUUUAGCUGCGCUGCUUUUCUCUUCACUAUCCGUGUGCAGACCAUCGAUAGGGCUGUAAAUAUGAGAACGAGAAUGAAUAUUAUUAUCAAUGGCAUAUAUCUAUCGCAAGUCGUUGAACGAUGGUUAAAGCAAAACAAACGCUCGGCAACAGUUUACGGAUAGUUUACAAAUUAAGUUUAGCUAUAUUUGCGUGAUGUUUGAACAAAUUUUGGUUAGCUUCGCCAAGUGAUACAUAACGAUACAUUUUUCAACGAAAUCAUUAGCAUUUAGCGAGCACUCUCCCGGUUAUGCAUGUUGGAUGAACCUUCUCGGAAUGUAACACUUUAGUGCGCAUUUGGCUAACUUCUACGCUUCCGCUUACAAAGGUACCGUACAAACAGGCACAAUACAGAAGAGUGGAUUAAUCAAAAAUACAUAAUGCAUACGGCGUUUACAGAUAUAAACCUAAAUCGUCCGUGUAGGACGGAAAGUGAAAUCAUAUAUGAAUAAAUUAUUCUAUCGUGAGCUAUGGAAACCCAUGAAGAGAGA